ACGUUUCUGUUAUUAUCAGUACUACAAUUUCAUAAAGCCUUUUUAGUAUUACACUUUCACUUUCAUUUCAUUUCAAGCAAAAAGAAGAAAAAACACCACAAAUCCAAUUAGUACAUAGUAUUGAAGGAACUUUCUAAAAGCAAAAGUGGGGUUUAGAGAGAGAAAAACUUAUAGGAGGGCUAAAGAUGGCGAAAAUGGGGGGUGAAGUUGGGGAGAAGGAGAAGCUGGGGUUUGAGGCGACGGAGCUGAGGCUGGGGUUGCCGGGGAAUAAUGGUGGGGGUGGUGAAGGAGAAGGAGGAGGUGCUGCUGCGAGGAAGAGAGGGUUCUCUGAGACUGUUGAUUUGAAGCUGAAUCUUUCGUCCAAGUCCAAAGAGAGUUUUGAGACGGAUCCGAAUGAGAAGGUGAAGAGCUUGCAGAAGGAGAAGAAUCAUCUUCUUCCUUCUGCCAUUGAUCCUGCCAAGCCUCCUGCUAAGGCACAGGUGGUGGGUUGGCCGCCAGUUCGAUCGUUCCGGAAGAACAUGUUAGCUGUGCAGAAGAGCAGCCCUGAGGAAAGUGAGAUGUUGAGUGUGAAUGGUGGUGCUUCUUUGGUGAAGGUGAGCAUGGAUGGUGCUCCUUAUCUCAGGAAAGCGGACUUGAAGAUGUACAAGAAUUACCAAGAUCUUUAUGAUGCCCUAGGCAAAAUGUUCAGCUCCCUCAGCACUAUUGGGAAUUGUGGAUCCCAAGGAAUGAAAGACUUUAUGAAUGAGAGCAAGCUUAUGGAUCUUUUGAAUGGCUCUGAUUAUGUUCCUACAUAUGAAGACAAGGAUGGUGACUGGAUGCUUAUUGGUGAUGUCCCAUGGGGGAUGUUUGUUGAAUCAUGCAAGAGGUUACGUAUAAUGAAAGGCACCGAGGCCACUGGACUUGCUCCAAGAGCCAUGGAGAAAUGCAAGAACAGAAGCUAAUUGUGAGGUGGCCUGCUCUUGUUGAAUUAAACGACGAACGAUCAGAGAUAAAUGAAAAUUUGAGCAGGACGUUUUUACAGUGUUUAUGUAUUAUUAAUUAUGGUUUGUUAUAUAAAUUAAAUGUGAGAUACUUGAGAGUAUUUUCAUUGUGGAAAGAAACAAUAAUAACUCUUAUGUUACGUUACAAAAAUUAAGACUUUGGCUAUGUUUUAAUUAUAGGCUUGUUUAGUGUUGAUGGCUUGCUUU